AUGCUUCCAACACGACUCGUUGAAAUACGGCCAGACUAUGAACGCGAUGUCGUAUCUAGCAAUCUUACUUCACAACCUGGUGAGGACUUUCGAUACGCGACACUAAGCCAUUGUUGGGGCAAGUUGGCAAUGUUCACAUUAAAACGUGACAACCUUGAGGAGCUUCAAGUGCGGAUACCCUCCCAGCAGGUUGCCAAAACCUUUCGGGACGCUGUGGAUAUUACUAGACGAGUUGGGCUUAAGUAUAUAUGGAUUGACUCGCUAUGCAUACUGCAGGACGACGAUGGUGAUUGGUCCAGGGAAGCCGUGUUGAUGAGCGAGAUCUAUGGUAGCUCCAGCCUCAAUAUUGCGGCCACGGGAGCUGCUGAUGGCAGUGUCGGCUGCUACCAAGAGAGAGACCCUGCCGCAGUCGCCGCCCAACAGCUCACCGCAUCUGAUCAAACUGGCUCACAAGCAUUCGACGGCUUCAACUUCGACAUAUACAGGCAGAAUAUCGCUGAGAGCCCCUUAGUCUCACGGGCUUGGGCACUACAGGAGCGUUUUCUCACCCCAAGAACGAUUCAUUUCACUUCACAACAGCUGAUAUGGGAGUGUGGACAGAAGCUCGCAUGCGAAACCUUUUCCGAGGAUAUGCCCUCCCCGUUGUCGACGCAGCACGCUUGGUUCCAGAAGCGUAAGAGUAACCUCAAUGUUUGGAUCGAUACUGUCACCCAAUACUCGCGGUGUAACCCUACCGACCAUUGGGACAAGUUGAUAGCCAUAUCUGGCAUUGCGAAUUGGCUACAGGGAAAGACCAACGACGAGUACAUUGCAGGGCUAUGGUUGAAAUACAUCGAGCAUCAAAUGGUGUGGUGCACAGAAGACGGGGCAGUAACCCGGCGGCCAGCUGGAUUCCGAGCCCCUUCUUGGUCGUGGCCGUCUAUCGAUGGGCUCAUCAGAUGGCCUUUUUGGGGCGGUGUGCAUCUUGAGAUCUCCAUUGCUGUCAUCCAGGUCAUCGAGGUGUUGAAACUGAAUUCUCGGUCGAGAACAUCAUACGAAAGCGCCGGGCUGCUAAUCAGAUGCCUCGGAGUUCGCAAUGCCAGUCGCUCGUCUAUCCUCGACACUCCAUCGCACGGAGACAAGCUUGUCAAGUCAUUUGACGCAGGUACGCCAGACACAGAAUAUAAGGCUUUGCAAAUCACUGUCAGGGCACCAAAGAGGGCGACGGACUGCUUGGCCGCAGGACUUCUCGUGGAAGAGGUAGGGCUGAGUAUAUAUCGACACGUAGGAAUGUUCCGCAUCACGGCUGCGUAUGGGGCUCCUGGACAUGUAAGGACGAGGUUGGCGCCAAGAAAAGUAUCGAGGAGCGCGACUGCAAUCGGGCCAGUGGCAGAGGACGGGCUAGAAGAGGAGAUUAUUACACUGGUCUGA